ACCAAUUGAUUGGGAAAGCUCGAUAUCGAAUUCAGAGUUGGGCAUAUAUUAUUUAAGACUCCUCCUGUUACUAAAAAGGAGCCUUAAAUUCUUUUAGACAUACGCAGAAUUAGCCCGACAUAUAUUUGGAGGCACUGCUGAGAUCGAGAUUAUUUUCUCAUAUUGGUACAAAUAGUGAAAAACCAUUCCAAUACUUCUGUCAAGCUAAUUUUUUUUUUAAUUAAUUAAUUGAGACCAUGAGUGUUGCAAGCAGUGAGAAUGGGAAUACCCCAGAGCAAAUGAUCCACAGAAUUGUUGAAUUCAUAUAUACACGGGUAAAAUUUGAUAUAGGGAUGGAUGUUUGGAUUAAUGAUUUGAAGAGAAAUGCUAGAGCAGACCUUAAUGAUAUCUGGGCAACAGACGGCCUGGUUGAACGCUAUUUAACAUGUAUGAACUUAGCCUCUAACAGUUCAGACAAAGAGAAAAAAUUAAUAUGUGCUCUACCUCCUGUUUUAUAUGCAUUAAUGGAGGUAGAUACCCUAUCAAAAGCUAGAAAAGAAAAUGUAGAAAAAUUGAUGUCUCAGUUACAUGAGAUAGAAUCAGAUAUCCAACAUAUGAAAUCUGAUAAAAACCAAUUAGAGAUAGAUAUCUCAAACAAGGAAGCUUUUAUUAGGGAUUUAGAAACUGAUGCUGAACGUAGUCGCAUAGCAUACUGUAAGCUCAGAAAGGAUUUCGAAGAAUUACGGCAACAGUACAUUAAAAGUCAACAGUCAGGUGUAUAUGGUGUGGAGAGAUCUCCUGAUCCUCCAAUAAUCACUCCCCAAUAUAAAAAUUGGGCACCAUAUAUUUCUAGAGCCAAACCAAUUGAUAAUGUUGAUUCAGAGGCACAAGAUGUUUUGGGCCGGUUGGCUGAAGCUUGCCAAGCUGUGACCACCGUUAUAGGUAAUCACAGAACAAGGGUCCUUAGAGAUUCUUCUUCAGACACGUCCCCAGAGAGGAAUGUGAGGAAUGUGCGAAAUCAAACACCUAUGUCAAAUGUAUCCCAUAGAAGUAGUGUUUCCAAUACUGAUGCAAGUGAAGUUGAGAGUGAUGAGAGAGCAUGGGGAUCCGGUCCUUUCCCAAACAGGGGGAAGAAUACCCAUAAGAGGGGUUCAAAAGGGAAAAAUCCCCAAUCUCCUAAAGAAAAACAAAAUUCUGCCAGCAUAAUUAAAUUUUUGAAUACUGCUAUACCAAAAUUUUCUAAGAAAGGUUCUUCCCAAAUUGCAAACCACUUAGAACUAUAUGAAUCUACUAUGGAUUCAUUAAAAUUAUCUGAGGCAGACAAAAUCAGGUUUCUUCCAUGGGCCUUUGAUGACAGAUACCGUCAUUACUUUUCCUCCUUUAAAGAGAGAGGAAUCACCAAAUGGCAGUCAGUCCUACAUGAAAUUAAAUCAGAAUUUGGGCCCUAUCGAACUACCACUGCCGCAAAGAGAGAAAUUUAUAAACUCACAUGUAGAUCUAAUCAAAGCCCUCGAGAAUUUCUCUCUGUACUUAAAAAUGCCUAUGGUUUAGCUUACAGAAACCCCGAUUGGGAAUCUGUGGAAUUUAAACAGGUAUUCUAUGAGGCCUUACCAACCCAAAUCAAAUUAAGUCUAGCUCAUGAUCUGGAUUUUGAAAACCCUCUAGAAAGACUGGUAACAUCAGCAACUUUGCUGUUUAACAUUAGUGAGGGCCAAAACUUAAAUGAUAGGAAAUUUAAAAAAUUCCCAGAGCACAAUGUUGAUGAGUCCGGGGUAAAACCUCAUUUAAAGUUUGAGUCCCAGCCAAAGAAAAUACCUUUAGCCAAUGGACCUAAUCAACAAAACCAAAAACAACUAAAUACCAGAAACACUAAACCUCAAAUUGCCAAGGGGUCAGAAGGAAAUAGUUCAGGUUCUGGAAGCCAAGAUUACCGUCCUCGUUUCAACCAAGGUUACCAAGGAUACCGAGGUAACCAAAGAUAUGGGGGUUACCAAGGAUACCGAGGUAACCAAAGAUAUGGGGGUUACCAAGGAUACCGGGAUCCCCAGGGAUACAGACGUUGGAACAAUAGGCCCAGGCAGCAAUGGAGAAAAGGGCAGGAAUCACCAGAUUCACCCAGGGGUAAAUCACCCACAGGGAACCAAAAUGGUCCACGGAAUCAAAACCCAGGUAGACCUAGCAGAUUUGAUCAGCUUGCAGAUCAGGUUUCCAAGUUAACUGACAUUGUAAGUAAAUUAUCUCAAGUUUCUGCAGGAAAACAACCUGAAGUUUUUUUAGAGGAAAAAGCGGGGCCAAGCUCCGCCAAAUAAAGGAAGCAGAACCAAAUUGCUAUAUAGAAAUGGACAGGAAAGAAUUAAAUACAGUCAAUGAUCAUGUUUUGCAUUGCCCCGACCCUGAAUUCAGGGCCGGGAAGGGAAAAUCUAAUAUUUCAUCUGUUUUACAGCCUAAUAAGGACAAUUCUUAUAAUCCGGUGUUAUUUGAACCAGUGUGUGAAGUACCUUCGGUUCAGUCUGUUCCAUUAAUAGAAUCCAUAGGAACACAAAUGCCCUGCAGGCAGAACAAGGAGGAGCAAUCUCCAAAUAUCCUGACGCUGCAGAGAGAUCACUUUUUAAAUCAACAGAUGAUAAAACACUCCAAUUUCCUCUGUAAUCUCUUACAGUUAGAUGGCCGGUAUUUUAUAGAUAUUUGUCUCCCGGAUGGAUGUGUCGGACCAAUCCAAGGUUUAUUGGAUACUUGGAUCUCAGGUCACUAUUUUGUCUUUCAGCUAUUUCCAACAGAUCUUAGAGUCCUCAAAGAAUAAACCGAGAUUGACGGUAUUUGAUGGAUCUCUGGUAAGUGUAGGUGGUGAUAGUCUACAAGUGAAAGGCAAGUCCUGGCUGACAUAUAAGAUUGGUAAAAAGACCAUUAGACAUCCAACAUUGAUUGUAGAUCUUCCAUAUGAUCGGCUGAUCAUUGGAAUUGAUCUGCUCAAAAGGUUAAGAUCCAUAAUUGACUUUAUUAAUGAAGCAAUAUGGACUCAGGUAAAAACCCCAAUCUCUUUUGAACGUUCCCACAAUGCAAAACCGCAAAAUAGUUGCCAUAUGAUUGAAGAAAGACCUAAUUCUGUCGAAAUCCAUUUCCGGAACAGUCAGGUACCAGAUGUCUCAAUCCUAAAAAACGGUAAACCUGAAGAGAGUAUUAAUACUUCCUUCCACAUCAUUAAUAUCCAAAAGGACAAAAUUGAAAAAAUAAUCCUAGAGGAUGAUGUGUUAACCAUUUCUCUUAAAGGGGGAAAUCGGGAAGUAGCAGGCAUAACCAGACAUAUCCAAUCAUUGGUUAAAAUCGAGAAGACCAAUGAUACUAUGCUGGUUCCCGUACAGGUAAAUAAUAUUGCCCGGGUGAAAUAUGCCAAGCUGGAUCUCAAGUCCGAAGUCAGCUAUAUAAGUUUAGGACUUCUAAAGCAGGUUACAAAUCCUCAGAUGAUUAAAUUUUCUUCCUUACAGGAAUGGGUUUAUGACCUGGAUAAAGAUGACCAGAGUCAAAAUGUGAUUGCAAAAUGCAUUUUAUCUAUCUCCCUAGGAAACAAAUCUGCGGAACACGUUUUCAAUGUGUUAAAGGAACCACAAUAUCAAAUAUAUUUAGGAAAUGACAUUAUACAUCGAUUUGCCAUACAGGUUGAUUUGAUCAAUAAUGUUUUGUGGUCCAGACUAUCAGGGAAUCCAGAGGAAUUCCAGGAUAAAGAACAAGCCUUGAGAUGGGGACAACGAAUACCCUAUGCAGUGGAUAUCUUAGUCGCCGGAAAGGUAAAAGUCCCUGGGGGAUGUAAAUCAUUUCUUUUACCCAUUCGAGUAAAGAAAGGGCAAAAGCUGAGGAAUCCAGAUGCAUUAAUUUGCUUAUCCAAUCGAAUGCAACAAUUUGGAUUGAAGGUAAAACCGAAUCCUAUAAUAAAUAUUCAUCAGGAUCCAUUAUAUAUGGUUAUCGAUAACAUGAGUCCUUAUAACAUUAUGUUACAAGAGGACACAAUGAUUGGCCUAGCCAUCGAUUCAGAAUAUUAUACUUUUGGGUUCCAAAAUGAUAUAAUUGGAUUAAUACCUGACGAAUAUCUAACAGAAGAACAAAUGGUGGAUCAACAUUGCUUUUCAACACCUGAGGGAUUGUUCAGUAUUCAUUCUGUUUAUCCUUUCAAUCCUGAGGAUGGUACAUGUUAAGUUGAGGAGACAUCAUUGAUCUUUAACCAUGAAAUCGAGAAAGGUGAGUAUGAGUCAUUCCAACAGGGGAAAGAUCAGAUAUAUCACACCCCAGAUGACCUGACCAGCAAGCUUGAAGAAGCUUAUGAGGUAAAUCAACCUGAAAUUUUCCCAGAAUUUCAAGAGCGGGUGGAAGAGCAACUCUCUAUAGCUGAUGCAUGUUCUGAUGAAUCAGAACGACAACAGCUAAAAGAACUAUUUUGGGAAUUCCAGGAUAUGUUUGCCAAGGAUUCUUAUGACUGCGGGGAAACUAACCUACAUGUUACAAGAAUCCAGACCGAUCCAGAUGCACCCCCUGUAUUUAUUAAACAAUACCGACUUCCGUUAGCGGCUUAUGAGUCACUCUCGGAAAUCGUUAAAAAUCUGGAGAAGAAGGGUAUCAUCCGCCCAGUACAUAGUUCUUUUAAUCAUCCAAUACUUGGAGUCCUUAAACCCAAUGGUCAGUUUCGUCUUUGCUCAGACUUGAGACAGUUGAACAAACAAGUCUACAUGUCUGGUUGGCCUGUACCAUACAUUGACCAAUGCUUGGCACAAAUCCAAGGGUCUAAAAUUUUUACCGCCCUUGAUUGUGCACAAGGAUAUUGGACAAUUAAAAUAGAUGAAAGGGAUCAAUAUAAACUAGCCUUUACAUUUGGAAAGCAACAAUAUGCAUGGACCUGAUUACCUUUCGGAUACAUUAAUGCAGGCCAUGAGUUUGCUGUAUUCAUGCACAAAGCCAUGCCUGAUGCUGCUGAACGAGGUACAUUAUCAUAUGUGGAUGACAUAUUGAUAAAAAAUACAACUUUUGAAGAACAUAUUGCAGAAUUGAGAUAUGUAUUAAAUCAACUAAAGAAGGCAGGUGUUAAACUUUCUUUACAGAAGGCUCAAUGGUGCCGAUCUAAGGUAAAUUUCCUUGGACAUGAAAUUACUGCCGAAGGAAUCAAUCCACAG